GGAGGAGAGAGAGAGAGAGAGAGAGAGAGGAGGUGGUGGUGCGAGAAUUGUAUUAUUAGAUGCUGCAGUUGCUGUUCGCGGUGGCGUUCUCGGCGGCGCCGCUGACGCUGUACGUGCCGCCGGUGAGGAGCCUCAACCCGUUCUUGGAAGCGGUGGAGAUGUUCGUCAGGGAGGCGGCCGUGUAUACUCUCCGCGCAUAUCCCCGCGUCCGACUCGGCCUUCGCCGGAUCUUUGCCUCCCUCAAUCGUGCCCUUAGCAAAUCCAAGAAGAAACGACGAAGGAAAGAAAUCCAGUUGGGUGGAAGGCUCCUUGUGACGCUUUCACUAGACUGGAUCUCUGGCGUUCUGAAACUAAUAGGGGCCAAGGAAAUGGGACAGCCAAAGCUCAUUUGUGGCAAGAAAGCCUAACCACUCGGCCACUUGGUCAACCGAAAGGGAGAGAAAGAAACAAGCAUUUUAGGCGAGCUGAUAUGGAGGAGGAAUGGUGGGGUCUGAUGUUUGGAUUGGUUGGUUUAGCGGCCUGGAUUCCUGUCUUAUGCUACAGAAGAUUAACGUUCACUGUUGCCAGAAUAAUAGUGAGAAGAAAGCUAUGAUGGCAACUCUCAAGCUCAGCCACACAAGAAAUUCCCCACGAACGGGACAUGAAUAGAAUGUGUUACGAUUCUUCAUGAAAUGCACCAAUUGCUUCAUGCCAUGUGGCAGAAGAAACAUUUGUGUCACUGAGCAAAUGAGCAGUGUUGUGUAGCAUUUCCUGUCUUGGUCUAUGUUUAAUUCAGAAUAUCAGGGAGAAUGACGAGUUACCAAUGAUAAAAGAAUAGCAUUACUCCUGAAA